ACGUAUUGAGUAUGCAUUCCGAGACUUGUUACACAAACUAAACAAUUCGCCACGACUUGUUCUCUACCGGUGUCUGUUGAGUCUCUCUCUCUCUCUCUCUCUCUCUUUCUUUCAAUCUCUCUUUCUCUCUCUCUCUCUCUCUCUCUCUCUCUCUCUCUCCCUCUUAGAACAGUAAAGAAAACGUUGCUAAAAACAACUGUAACAUAAAGUUCUGGUGAGUAUGAGAAGUCCGGCGGCAAUUUCUGUACAAAACGCCUCAUCGGUGCGUAAUGGUGCAAGACUACGCGGCAGAUGUUUCUUCUAUGCAGGAAAAGGGCAAGGCUUCUUUACUCCUAAGGUUUAGACGGGGUACGAGUUUCGGACAAAUACUAUGUGUACCUCCGUGUUUAUAAACAACAAUCUACACGGUUGUAGGGUUCCAAGCCCCGACUGUGAGUUAGUUUAACUGCAGCCUACCUCUCUGAACUCUACGAUUAGCCGGCCAGGCAGUUGUCGUCAUCAGCAGCAGCACUCCGGAUUUUUUCCCUUUCCUAAAUGGAUGGGACUGUCCCGCUCCUGCACAGUUUAGCAGAGGCCAGAAGAUUGGAACAACUUGUGAAUUCACCCGUCGGUCUGGCUGGCGUUUGGAGUAACUUUAACAAUGCUUGACUGCGGCUUCGCCCAAGUACAAGAUUGAGAAGUGUGUGUUUUUUUAAAUUCCUUCUCAUAAAUUGUGCGGUGUUCGGUACUGGAGCUGUGGAGUCGGAGGGAGCAACAGCAGCAUAACGUUUACAAUAGGAAGGAAACUUAAAACUCCGGUUGGAGUGGAUUGAAGUGAAGCGGCAGCCUACUACUGCACAAUGGCUCUCGCUGUGGAUUGCAUUUAUUUACUGAUGUACAGUUUGAUAUUUCUGGACCAAAAACACGCUGUGAAAUCACAUGAACGUAUCUCUGGAAAGUUAAGUGAAUAUGGUCUUAUCGUGCCAUUCAGCACAGACUCCCGCGGCCGCUACAUCUCUCACGUGGUGUCGGCCACGGCUGCAACUGGAAACACUGGGAGCGGAGGUGCUGACGAAGCCGCUACUGGAGCUCCUUCGCCACCUGGCCCGGGCAAGAGGCGCGUGGCCCGUAGUGCCCCGGAGAUGCCGCCUGUCACCCCCGGCGCUGGCCAACACCUGUUUUUCAAUGUCACUGUGUUUGGGAAGGAGCUGCAGCUUCGCCUCAGGGCCAACCGGAGGCUGGUGGCUCCCAGGGCAUUUGUGGAAUGGCAGGAGGACUUUGAGGAGAAGGCCACAGAGCCUGUUCAUGGGGACUGUGUUUUCACUGGGGGCGUAUCGGACAUGCCAGAGGCCACGGUGGCCAUAAGCAACUGUGAUGGACUGGCAGGUCUGAUCCGGACUGAUAAUGGGGAGUUUUUCAUCGAGCCCCUAGAAAAGGGCCAACAAGACGUGGAGGUGAAAGGUCGUGUCCACGUGGUCUACAGGAGAUCUGCCGUCAAAAGGGAAUCGGGCCAAAGACAGGAGGACCUCCACAACGAAGUGACAGACUUUGGCAUAGCCGACCUUCCCAGAGCCCUGGACCUCGUCGAGCGCAGGUUGACGGAAUCUGAGCGCAAACGGCGGCACGCCAAGAAGGAGGAUUACAACAUUGAGGUGCUACUGGCCGUGGGCGACUCUGUGGUACGCUUCCAUGGCAAGGAGCACGUGCAGAACUAUGUGCUCACGCUCAUGAACAUAGUUGAUGAGAUCUACCAUGACGAGUCUUUGGGAACCAACAUCAACAUCGUCCUUGUUCGCAUGAUCAUGGUCGGGUACAGACAGUCCAUCAGCCUGAUUGAGCGUGGCAACCCGUCCCGGAGCCUGGAGCAGGUGUGUCGCUGGGCCAACACACAGCAGCGACGGGACCCAGAUCACGCUGAGUACCAUGACCAUGCGAUCUUCCUUACAAGGCAAGAUUUCGGUCCCGCAGGUAUGCAAGGUUAUGCCCCGGUGACCGGCAUGUGCCAUCCGUUGAGGAGCUGUACUCUGAACCACGAGGAUGGAUUCUCAUCGGCCUUUGUAGUCGCGCACGAGACUGGACAUGUGUUAGGUAUGGAGCAUGACGGCCAGGGGAAUCGCUGCGCCGACGAGACCAGCAUGGGAAGCAUCAUGGCGCCGCUGGUCCAAGCUGCCUUCCAUCGCUACCACUGGUCACGUUGCAGCAAGCAGGAGCUCAACCGAUACAUCCACUCUUACGACUGUCUCCUGGAUGACCCCUUCGAGCACAAGUGGCCCAAGCUUCCUGAGCUGCCAGGGAUCAACUACUCCAUGGACGAGCAGUGCCGCUUCGACUUUGGCGUGGGCUACAAGAUGUGCACCGCUUUCCGUACGUACGACCCCUGCAAGCAGCUCUGGUGCAGUCACCCUGACAACCAGUACUUCUGUAAGACCAAGAAAGGACCACCAGUGGACGGGACAGAAUGUGCCCCGGGAAAGUGGUGCUUCAAGGGCCACUGUAUCUGGAGGUCCAGUCAACAGCCUCAGGGCCACGAUGGCAACUGGGGGUCCUGGACGAAGUUGGGCUCCUGCUCCAGGACCUGUGGGGGCGGCGUACGCUCACGGAGCAGAACGUGCAACAAUCCUGCGCCAGCGUACGGCGGCCGUGACUGCCCCGGGUCCAGCUUCGAUUACCAGAUGUGCAACAUGGAGGAAUGUGCGGGACCCUACGAGGACUUCCGCGCCCAGCAGUGUGUCCAGAGGAGCAACAAGUACCACAAGAAUGUGAAGCACACCUGGCUCCCCUACGAGCAUCCAGAUGAGGCUCACAAGUGCGAGUUGAGCUGCCAGUCCAAGGAGACGGGUGAGGUCGUCGUGAUGAACCAGGUGAUGCAUGAUGGGACGCGAUGCAGCUACACGGACCCCUUCAGCGUCUGCGCCCGUGGGGAAUGUCUGCAUGUGGGCUGCGACAAAGAGGUUGGCUCGUACAAACAGGAAGACAAGUGUGGAGUGUGCGGUGGGGACAACUCACAUUGUCGCACCGUCAAGCUGACACUCACCAAGACGCCCAAAAAGACAGGGAUGCUGAAGAUGUUUGACAUUCCUGUUGGGGCCCGGCACAUCGUUAUUGAGGAGAACAGCACCACCCCACACAUUAUUGCUGUUAAGAAUCAAGUCACUGGCAACUUCAUAUUGAACGCAAAAAGUGAAGAUGCCAAGUCCAAAACCUUCAUUGAGAGCGGUUUGGAGUGGGAGUAUGUCUUCGGGAGCAGUGAGAAAGAGACCCUCAAAACAAUUGGACCGCUUCAUGAGGGAAUUGUUGUCUUGGUAAUCCCCCAGGAGGAGAACACCAAGAUCAGUCUGACGUAUAAAUACAUAAUCCACGAGGACCUGCUGCCGGUCAUCACCAACAACAACGUUCUCCUGGCUGAGCUGGACACCUACGAGUGGGCGCUGAAGAGCUGGUCGCAGUGCUCCAAGCCCUGUGGGGGAGGUAUACAGUACACCAAGUACGGGUGCCGGAGGAAGAGUGACAGCCGCCUGGUUCACCGGAACUUCUGCGAAACCAGCAAGAAACCCAAACCCAUCCGGAAACGGUGCAACGUCAACGAAUGCAGCCAGCCCACGUGGGUGGUGGAGGAGUGGAGCCUCUGCAGUAAGACGUGUGGGAAGCUGGGCUACCAGUCCAGGGUGGUCCAGUGCCUGCAGUCGCUCCACAACGGCACCAACCGGACGGUCCACACCAAGUACUGUAGCGAGGACAAACCUGAGAUGAGGAGGGUCUGCAAUCGCUCAGCCUGCCCAGCACAGUGGAGGACAGGGGCCUGGUCGCAGUGUUCGGUCAGCUGUGGGGAGGGGAUUCAACAGAGACAGGUGGUCUGUAGAGCCACAGACAACAGCAUCGGACAGUGUGAGGGAGACAAGCCCCAAACCGUUAUUAUCUGCAAACUGAGCCCCUGUCCAGGCCAAUCCUCACAGGCCACGCUCACAAUGGAAGCGCUGGAGAAUUUGACGACAAAAACCCAAGGUGUUCCUCAGAUUGCUCCAGAGAAUCCUGUCCACAAAAUCUCAUCAAAUGAGCCAUGUCUUGGGGACAAGUCCAUCUUCUGCCAGAUGGAGGUCCUGGCCCGCUACUGCUCCAUCCCUGGCUACAACAAGCUUUGCUGCGAGUCCUGCAACAAGAAGGACGGCUCCUUCACCUUCUCUCCAUCGCCGUACCUCGGCCAGAGCGGCGGACUCUCCCACCCAGACCCGGAGACCUCCACCCUGCUCAGCCCCACCACCCCAUCGCCAGACUCUCCCUUACCGCCUACCACUUCGGAAAGCCUCCCCCGCACCACUAAGAGCCCCAGAAGGCAUCGCUCCACCGCCCAGGGCUUGACCACCAACAGCCCCGCCACCGCAAACCAGGUCUCCGGGGGUGCUUCUCCGUCGGCGGGCGCCGUCGCUCCCCAGGGUCCGUCCUCGAGGCCCGGGGAUGGAGCAGAUGCCGGGCUCCCUCCUCUACCUCAGAGGUCCCGGGCUACCACCCCAGGCCCCAGACUGCCCCUCCGGCCCGCUAGCGGGGACCCCUCUUCGUUGUCGUCUGAAGAGCACAGCAUUCCGAACAACAGCAGCACCGGCCGGGCUGAAGGCCCACACUCCGGCCUGGCAGGAGGCAUGGCUGGAGUAGCUGCUGCCGGGUCAAGAAGGGAGGAGGCGCAACCCAAGCGGGUCUCGGCCCACAGAACAGCCAGGACCUUGUCCCGUGUUGCGACAUGAUCACCGACUAAUCCUGUGAAUGUGCUGCUCGGCAAUGCGGUCCGCUGUGACCUCCGUCUGCUCAGCGUUAGCACGUUGUAGUUACGUUGUCACGACGUUACAGUGUGACAGCGAUGCGACGGCGCUGCACUGCGACAACAUUGUUACAACGUCAUUACAACCGACUGACGGAGUUACCCGGACUGGACUGUCAACCGAUUUCUGCGAGAAAAUAAAUGGAGAGAGAAACGUUGUUUUCCAUGCCAGUGGACUUACCUCAAUGACCCUGCAGAUUGAUCUCUGUGCAUUUGCACAGCAUUGCUCAGUCCUCUCUGCUUCAAUUAGUAAACGGAAGAACAACAGGAAAAUACAGUUUUAAAAACGAAGGUGCUGUAAAAUAAAAAUGACUACAAGACAUGUUAAAAAAAAAUGUGACGACUGCAUUGCUACCAUUACUUGUUGAUCUGUGUACAGUUAUGUAAACCUAUUUUCAAAGUGCAUCAAAACUACUUAUUGAACUUAAUAUUGUGAAGAUUUGUGUGGCAUGAGCCAAAACCUUUUCUUUGACGGUGCAAAGUCCAAGUAAUGUCAAAUAUCUUGGUGAUGAUGUCACAAAGUUUAGGUGAUUAUGUCACAAAGGUGUAGAUGAUGAUGCCUCAGUGUGAUGUCACAAGUCGACUUGACGACAUCACUUCCUCCUGGGAGUCUUGUAACCUCUCCCGAUUGGUGCUUUUAUUGUCUAUUUGCUUCCCAAAAAACCAUUUAAAAGAGAUUGACCUCAGAGAUCAUCUUAAGGUCAAAAUGUCGACAGGUCAAAUCUGCCAAGCCAAUCCCACUGUAGCAUGCACAUUCCCUUUUGUGAAA